AUGCUCCCAAGUUUUAAUGAUGAAAGCUUAGCCUCAUCCCUAAAUAAUUUCUAUACUCGUUUUGACGACAGAAACUUUGAUAAGGAAAAUAUUACCUUUUGUAGAAAUUUGAACUCCGAAAAUUGCCCUGUUAAUAUAACUGUUGAGGAAGUUAUAAAACUUUUUCGUAAAACCAAAAUUAGGAAAGCAGCUGGACCUGAUGGGUUGGCAGGCAUACUUAUUCGGGAAUGUGCAACACAAAUUGCUCCUGUUUUCCAAUAUAUUUUUCAGUUAUCACUCCGUCAAUGUGUUAUUCCUUCUAUUUGGAAACAUUCUUUAAUUAUUCCCAUACCGAAGUCGUCAACUGUGAGUAAUCUAAAUGAUUACAGACCAAUUGCACUGACGUCACUGAUCAUGAAAUGUCUGGAGAGGUUUGUAGUUAACCAAAUAAAACCAGUUAAAGAACCGAAACUUGAUCCCAUGCAGUUCGCAUACAGGGCGCAUCGUGGUGUUGAGGAUGCUACAGCAACCCUUGUCCACUACACCAAAAAACAUUUAGAAACAUCAAAUUCAUAUGCAAGGCUUCUCUUCAUCGAUUUCUCUUCCGCAUUUAAUACUUUGCAAAGUCAUGUGCUUCUUCCUAAACUUCUUAAAUUUGGGUUGUGUUCUCUCACCCUUGCUGUUAUCGUCUACACCAACGACUGUCGUACCCUGACUGAGAACUGCAUGGCAAUCAAAUACGCUGAUGACACCGUCCUUGUCAGUUUAAACAAUGGCCCCCAAUCCCUUAAUAAUUAUUUAAAUGAUGUGACCUAUUUUUCAAAUUGGUGUAAAAACCAUUUCCUUAAAAUCAAUCUAAAGAAAACAUGUGAACUUAUCAUUGAUUUUAGGAAGAAAAAUAGGUCAGAUCGUGAACCACUGAAUAUUGAUGGUGAACAGAUUAAAGUUGUUCCCGAGUACAAAUAUUUAGGUACUGUGAUUGAUGAAAAAUAUGAAUGGUCCAGUAAUACACUUAGACUGUACAAAAAAGACCAGCAACGACUUCAUAUGUUACGGCAACUUAGGAAAUUUAAUGUUGAUAAAGAAAUUCUAGAAAUAUUCUACCAAUCAAUGAUACUCAGUGUGAUUUCUUUCUGUCGGAUUAUAUGGGAAGCUAGCUUAUAUGAAAAAGAUAAGGGAUUGUUGGCGAAGAUCACCAAAAGGGCGGGGCGUGCAAUAGGAGUAGAUUCUUCUAAGCUCAAUUUAAAGUAUAAUGCAGGUGUUCUCUCCAUG